CAUCGUCAACAUCUGGGCAACACUGACAUCGAAGGACGUGCAGCCCGACGCUACUACAUCACAUUUAGGUGUGGAUGUAAAUGUGAUUUCACCCUGUUCUUCAGUGGUCAGGACCCCCACAGGACCACCAAAGAGCAGACAGCCAUGACUACUGUGGAGUCCGUUAGGAAGCGCAAUAAGGCGAGGUCCAAUGGCGCCGACACUGGUCCGAAAGGGAAGAGAGAGGAGCUUGGAAAGUGGGGAAGGGCAUGGGAGGUGGACUGGUUCUCUCUGACUGGGGUGGUUCUGCUGCUUUGCUUUGCCCCCUUCAUCGUUUUCUUCUUCGUUAUGACCUGUGACCAGUACCAGUGCUCCAUCAGCCACGUUCUCCUGGACAUAUACAACGGAGACGCCUCCCCACUGAGCAUCUGGAGCCGAGCCCCUUCCUUCACCUGGACUGCUGCCAAAAUCUACGCUUCCUGGGUUACUUUCCAGGUGGUGCUGUAUAUGUGCAUUCCAGAUGUUACCCAUAAGUUCCUGCCAGGCUAUGUAGGAGGGGUUCAGGAGGGAGCACGUACACCAGCAGGCCUCGUAAAUAAGUAUGAGAUUAAUGGUCUGCAGUGCUGGAUCAUAACUCAUGCUUUAUGGGCGGCCAAUGCUUACUACUUCCACUGGUUCCCUCCGACCAUUAUCUUCGACAACUGGAUCCCGCUGCUGUGGUGCACCAACAUCCUUGGCUAUGCUGUGUCCACUUUCGCUUUUGUCAAGGCCUACUUGUUCCCCACCAAUCCAGAGGACUGCAAAUUCACAGGAAAUAUCUUCUACAACUACAUGAUGGGGAUUGAGUUCAAUCCACGUAUCGGAAAGUGGUUCGACUUCAAGCUCUUCUUCAAUGGUCGGCCUGGUAUUGUAGCCUGGACUUUGAUUAAUUUGUCUUAUGCUGCCAAACAGCAGGAGCUCUAUGGCUAUGUGACCAACUCUAUGAUCCUGGUCAAUGUGCUGCAGGCCAUCUAUGUGUUGGAUUUCUUCUGGAAUGAAGCCUGGUAUUUGAAGACUAUUGAUAUCUGCCAUGACCACUUCGGCUGGUACCUGGGCUGGGGCGACUGUGUGUGGCUGCCAUUCCUUUACACGCUACAGGGCCUAUACUUGGUCUACAACCCCGUCCAGCUCUCCACCCCUCACACUGCAGGGGUCCUCAUCCUCGGCUUGGUAGGCUACUACAUCUUCCGUUCCUCCAACCACCAGAAGGACCUGUUCCGCCGCUCUGAUGGCAAUUGUAAAAUCUGGGGCCGUAAGCCCAGCUACAUCGAGUGUUCGUACCGCUCGGCAGACAGCACCAUCCAUAAGAGCAAGCUGCUGACCUCGGGUUUCUGGGGGGUGACCCGCCACAUGAACUACACAGGUGACCUGAUGGGUUCUCUGGCUUACUGCCUGGCCUGUGGUGGCCAGCAACUGCUGCCCUACUUCUACAUCGUCUACAUGACCAUCCUGCUGGUGCACCGCUGCAUCCGAGAUGAGCACCGCUGCAGCAACAAGUACGGCAAGGACUGGAGACGCUACACAGAUGCUGUGCCCCAGCGCCUCCUCCCAGGCAUCUUUUAGAAACAGUGGAAAUGGAAAAGGAGGUGUGGGGGUGCUUACUUUCUUCUGAAACGUUUUCUUUUUCAGAUUGCUGUAGAAAAUUAGGGAUGGCCGAACCACAAUCAUAGAGGAUCAGGUUAACUAUAUGCAGAUGCAUAUAACAAUGUUGCCUUUCACAAGUUUGUUUCAAUGAAUUUGAUGCUGCAAAAAUGAAAAAGAAAAAAAAGAUUGUAGCAGGUAAUUGUAUAAGAUAUCAAUCUAAUGCAUCAUCCAGGUGUGUAGUGAUAAUAUUAUCACAAAUAUUAGAUUAUUUUAUUUACUUAACACCAGAAAUGUCUUGAACCACACCUGUCAUUUCUGGAAGAGCACAGUUUUACAAUAGCAUGUUGAAGAACGGGCACAAACAGGGGCUUAGAUUAGAGAGCUUAUUUAAAACGAAUACAAAUUUGCUUUUAUUGAUGUCGUCGUUUAACAAUUUAUGCUUUAAUAAUAACAACUAUUUCCCCUUUAAUGUGCACAAGAAGACUUUUAACACUAAUCAGUAUGGGGUAUGUAGAUGCUAGCAAUCAUAUCACUCUGUAUUGGAUCAAAAAGAAAGUCAGUGGUAUCGCCAUUUAAGUCACAAGGUUCAGCACAGUUUUAGUGAUUUCCCCACACUAACAAAGUCAACUCAUUAGUUAAUGACCAGAUUUAGUGUUUACACAGGGAAAUCACUUAACUGUGGUGGACACUGGACACCCUUACAGAAGAGUAUCAGUGAAUAUUUGCCUUUUGUUUGCCCUGGAAUUGAUGCUGCUGAGUGAAUUAUUGUGAGUUGCUCAGUAGCAAUCAGAAUGACUUUUAUUUAGGUGUUUAUGGUUUUAGUGCAGUUUUGUUUAAAGCUGUCUACCUCAUUACACUACCUUUUCAAGCUUUCAUGGAAAAUAACUGACGAUAUGUCAGAGUCAAACUUAAAUGACAUAUUUUUAUGAUUACUUUGUAGUAUGUGUGCAUAUGUUCAUUACAUGCUUAUCAACGUGAUGCUUGGCACUUAAAGGCAAAUUGCCGUUUUAUACACACAGCUUGCAUACAUACUGCCACUUCUUCACUGGUGAAUGGAUGCUCAAAUUUUCUGAAAAUGCAUUGAAGAACUUUUUAAUUUAACUAGACCUUUUUCACCUUUUCUAUCAUUCAUCUGAAAUAUUCCCCACCUUUGUGGCCACAAGGGAUGUAAACAUUCUACAGGGCAAAACUCACUUUGUAUGUAUCCUUUAUUUUUACAUAUUGUAGAGUUGCUAUUUUAUAACACCUGAACAGAGAGUUUCCAGGCUGUGAACAUUUUGCAUUUGCUACUUUUGUGUGUUUAAACAAUAAAUCUAUAAGCUGGUUCCAAGAUCUUAAA